AUAACACACACAGCGCAGCUCUCUGUUAGCUCACAGUCUUGUGGAACCGAACAGCAUUUCACCUGGAAGACUGAUCCCAGACAUGAAGCUCUGUCCUGGGAUAGGAGUUCACCGUCUCCUGCACGUCCUGGUUCUCCUGGCAGCCCUGGUCAUUAAAGUGGACCUGCAGAGAUCCAAGGAGAGACGCUACUACAUCGCUGCUGUGGAGAUCAACUGGAAUUAUUCGCCCAAUGAUGCAAACAGGCAAGAUCCCACCUAUAAGAAAGUGGUUUUUCGGGAGUAUGACGAAACUUUCAGCCAGGCAAAGACUCAUCCGCCCUGGUUAGGUCUGCUGGGACCCACACUGAGGGCCGAGGAGGGGGAGACGAUCGUCGUCACUUUCAGAAACAUGGCUUACGGCGCGUACAGCAUCCACCCACACGGAGUGGCUUACGGGAAGCAGUCGGAGGGAGCCAACUACUUUGACAACACGUCACAGAAGGAAAAAGAGGACGACAUUGUGCAGCCUAAUGGUGAACAUGUUUACACCUGGGAGGUGACGCCAGAGGUUUCCCCGCUGCCCGAUGACCCCGACUGUCUCACCUACACCUACAUCUCCCACCAAAACGUGGUGCAGGACUACAACUCUGGCCUCAUCGGCGCUUUGCUCAUCUGCAAGGCCGGCACCUUGGACGAAUCGGGACAGCAGAUGGGCCUCCACAAGGAGUUUGUGUUUCUCUUUGGGGUCUUUGACGAGAAAGAAAGUUUGUACAGUCCAGGUGGACACUCUUCAGAUGACCACGUCAAAUACACCAUCAACGGAUACACACGAGGAUCCUUGCCUGCUGUCAGUAUAUGUGCCCACGCCCCUGUGAGCCUUCACCUGGUGGGCAUGAGCUCAGAACCCGAGGUCUUCUCAGUUCACAUGAACGGCCAGGUUCUGUCGCACAGCGGUCACAAAGUGUCGUCGGUGGGGCUGAUCAGCGGCUCCUCCGCCACCGCCAGCCUGGUUUCUGCCUAUGCGGGCCGCUGGCUGCUCUCCUCCUUCACCACCAAGCACAUGGAAGCUGGCAUGCACGGCUUCGUGGACGUGAGGAUGUGUGAAGAGUUUGCUGAGCCAGUGAGAAAGAUGACAGUCAUACAGAGACGACACAGCAAGGAGUGGAAAUAUUAUAUUGCUGCGGAAGAAAUAGUCUGGGACUAUUCAAAGGACAGCAACAAACACAUUGAUCAAGACUUCAAGCUCCAGUACCUGACACGGUCAGCACGUCGUAUUGGAUCAAAAUACAAGAAGGCGGUGUACACUCAGUACAAAAAUGAAUCAUUCACUGAAAGGGUGGAAAAUGAGCACAGGAAGAAUGAGCAGGGCAUCUUGGGUCCAGUGAUCAGAGCACAAAUCCGAGACAUCAUCACAAUUGUUUUCAAGAAUUUGGCCUCGAGGCCUUACAGCAUCUACCCACAUGGCCUGACUUUAGACAAGUCAGAGGAGGGAGUCAACUAUCCAGCAGGAGGAAACCAGACCCACGGCGUUCGGCCAGGUGAAACGCACACCUACACGUGGAAGGUUCUGGAGGAGAACGAGCCUCUGGAUGGAGAGUCCCAAUGUCUGACGCGGAUGUACCACAGCGCCGUGGACACGCCGCGGGACAUUGCGUCGGGCCUGAUAGGACCCAUGCUCAUCUGCAAGAGUCAAUCCCUAGAUGUCAGGAAUGUACAGCUGAGAGCGGACAAGGAGCAGCAUGCUGUGUUUUCAGUGUUUGAUGAGAACAAGAGCUGGUAUCUGGACGAAAAUAUUCGCCGUUGUUAUGAUCAAUCCAAAGUCAACAAAGCCGACCCAGACUUUUAUAAGUCCAAUGUCAUGCACACAAUAAAUGGAUAUGUGUUUGAGAGUGGCCCUGACUUGGGCUUCUGCUAUGGUGAGGUUCCGACUUGGCAUGUGUCCAGCAUUGGAGCACAGAACUACAUCCAGACAGCUACUUUCUACGGCCAUCCGUUCGAGCUGAAUCACAGAACUGAAGACAUUCUGAGCCUCUAUCCAAUGACUGGAGAGACCAUCAAGAUACCCAUGGACAACAUAGGUUUCUGGCUUUUGGCAUCAUUGAAUACUCAUGAAACAACAAAGGGAAUGCGUGUGAAGUUUCAAGAUGUUGAGUGCUACCGCGAGCUCCAAUAUGAGUAUGAGGACAAUGACGUGAAUGGAGUUGAUGAAUUUACUCAGUGGAAGCCCCCGACAUUUGAAGAUGUCAAAAAAGAAAAGGAGAAAUCAAAAUCUUUACCCACAGAACCAGUGGAGAUCGAUAUCUACACGGACAUGUUUGCGGACGAGUUAGGUCUACGGUCGCUGAGGAACCAGUCCAGAAACUCAGAUGUGGAGAUACUGGACUUGAGUUUAUUUGACUAUGAUGAUACUGAUGUUGCUCCUGUGGUCGGCAAUGCUAGUCCCAAUGUAAAGGACACAAAGAAUAAAACUGAGCUCUUUUCUAAUCAGACUACAGUGAAUGAUACUCAAUGGAAAUAUGUAGAUAACCAAAAUGUUACAGAACAUAAUUUGCACAACAGCAGUAUUACUAAACAUGCAACAGCUGUACAGAAGAAUAGGACUCAGUCAUUCCUUGACAAUUACACAACUGUUCUCAACAGCGAUGGUGAUUCACUGAGCAAUCAAAGCACGGCAACCACCAACAGGACUGUUUCUGUAGUUGCAGUCAGUCCAAAUAAUGCUAGUUUUACAGUUGCUGAGUUAAUGAACUCAACAGUUCUCAAUGCUACAGGUUCAACAGUUCUCAAUGCUACAGGUUCAACAGUUCUCAAUGCUACAGGUUCAACACGUUCAACACUUCUCAAUGCUACACUUUCAACACUUCUCAAUGCUACACGUUCAACACUUCUCAAUGCUACACGUUCAACAGUUCAUGGAAAUGCCUCUGCAAAUGGUGUCAACAUUUCCACUUCAUCCAAACAACUCACCUCUAUCACCAUGGGAGCAUUACAGACGACCAGUCAACCCACAGGGAAGCAAGAGUCCACCAAUCAGACCAUGCCAGUACAAUCACAAGACACUACUAAAAUUAAUACAACAUUAACAACAAAUACCAAAGAUGGAAGAACAGAAUCAAACCCAUCUGGCAGUAGUAACACCUUUAUGGACAUAUUCUUUUCCAGAGAGAAUGAUGUGCAACUCCCUCGGGGCGAUAUGUUCUUUUACACAGGGUAUGCAACUGACACCGACACUGACCCAGUCGGCAGUCUCUUGUUUCAACAGACUUCAGCACUUGAGGAUGACCAUAAUACGUCAUCUGAUGUGUCACCCGUUGGAUUAAACCAAUCACUUUUAGGAUUUGAUAUCAAGGAAGCUGACAACAGAAGCAUGGUCAAAGAUAACCUCACCAGCAUUGAGUUGGUGGAGACCACAGGAAACAAUGAGGGAAACUCUUCAAACAUGACUUUGCGGCUAGAGCUUGGACUACAAAUGAAUGUUACUGAAGGUGUGAGUGUUUCUGCCAAUUCCAGCCUUGGGAAUGCAACAUAUCUUUUAAACUUAGAUGAGCUAUCACAAAACGGUACAGUGAACAUCUCCAAAUCAAGUUCAGUGGGGAGAAGCUCCAAGAAAGGACUUCUUCCUGGGGAGUUGUCCAAUUCUUCAAUGGAAAGUUUCUCUAACGAGACUAGAGGUUCAUCCAACCAUUCUCUUUCUGGUGGCUCUGUGAAGCUGCUCAGUUCUGAGGAGUUUGGUUCUUCAGAAAGUAGUGAGGAAAUAUUUAUUUAUGUUAAAGAAAACAAAUCAGAGGCAAUCAAAACCGUCUCCUUGAGCUCACAAGGCCACAACUGGACUUAUGAUGGAACUCACUCCAUGGUACCUGAGGAGAUUCCUGAUCACAUGAAAAAAUACUUUGAGAACAAAGCACUACAAACAACUCCACCUCCCAAAAGGUACAAAAAAGUGAACCUCAGACAAAUACCCAAGAAAGGUGAAGGCAUGAAAACAAGGAGGAGGAAGGUCUACAAGCCUCAGGCCAGAGGUGGCUCACCCUUUUCUCCACGAGGAUUUAACCCAGAGUUCACCCCCCGUGGGGCAAGGCCCAUUGUACCACAGCCUGUCACCAAGGAGGAGGAGUUGAUUAACUUCCCCAUAGUUAUUGCUUUGCCCCGACCUGAUUUCAGUGACUAUCAGCUGUAUGUCCCUGAAGAUGAACCAGAGCAACCUGAUAUGAAUGAACAAGAUGUGACACAAAAUGAAUAUGAAUAUGUGUCGUACAAAGACCCCUACAGCAGCCAUGAAGACAUUAAGGAUCUCAACCUGGACGAAACUACAAAAUACUACUUAAAGUUAUCAGGUCCUGAUAUCAAGACAUACUUUAUUGCUGCAGAAGAAGUUGAAUGGGACUAUGCUGGUUACGGACAGAGGAGACACGAUAAGUCGCAGCAAAACAUGCUAGAGACCAAAUUCACCAAAGUUGUUUUCCGAGGUUACCUGGAUGCGAGCUUCAGCACUCCUGAUCUCCGCGGGGAGAUGGAUGAGCAUCUAGGCAUCCUUGGGCCUGUUAUCAAAGCUGAGGUUGGACAAAGCAUUAUGAUUGUGUUCAAAAACAACGCCAACCGUCCGUACUCCCUGCACCCCAAUGGGGUUUCCUAUACAAAGCAGUUUGAGGGUCUGUCCUACGAGGACGGCUCCAAGCACUGGUAUAAAUAUGACAACGAAGUUCAACCCAACACCACCUACACAUACAUAUGGAAAAUCAGUCCUAUGGUUGGGCCAGCUCCGGAAGAGUCUGAGUGUCGGACCUGGGCGUACUACUCUGGUGUUAAUCCCGAGAAGGACAUUCACUCCGGCUUAAUUGGUCCUUUGCUGGUGUGUCGAGAGGGAACUCUGAAGAAAAAGCCACUCGACACGAGGGAGUUUGUGCUGCUUUUCAUGACCUUCGAUGAGUCACAGAGCUGGUACUACAAUAAAAACCAGGAAGUUAUGCAAAGAAAGUACCGAAAACGAGUUUGGGAUGACUACGAGAUGGAGAACCUCAAGUUCCACUCCAUCAAUGGAAUAAUAUACAGUCUUAAGGGCCUGAGGAUGUACACCAACCAGCUUGUGCGGUGGCACCUGAUGAACAUGGGUUCUCCCAAAGACGUUCACAGCGUUUACUUCCAUGGGCAGACAUUCAGAAAUGUUAAGACCAAGAGCUACAGGCAGGCUGUGUUUCCCCUGCUGCCUGGGAGCUUUGCAACAUUGGAGAUGUAUCCAUCCAAGCCUGGGCUGUGGCAGCUGGAGACAGAAGUUGGUCGAAACCAAAAGAGGGGGAUGCAGACGCUCUUCCUGGUGCUAGAUAAUGAUUGCUACCAUCCUAUGGGUCUUGAGUCGGGCAGCGUGAAAGAUGACCAGAUCACAGCCAGCAACUCAAGAGGAUACUGGGCGCCCCAUCUUGCCAGGCUGAAUAACCAGGGUAAAUACAAUGCAUGGAGCACAGACAAGAGAGGCGAGUGGAUUCAGGUGGACUUCAAGCGGCCAGUAGUGAUCAGCCUGGUGGCCACACAAGGAGCCCGGCAGUUAUUCCAGUCCCAGUACGCCACAAAUUUCUCCAUCUCGUACAGCAACGACCGCCGCAAAUGGAUCUUUUACAAAGGCGACAGCAGGGAAUUCUGGAAGACAUUUCAAGGAAACGAGGAAGCCUCUCAAACAAAGAAAAACAUCUUCUUUCCUCCUUUGAUUGGACGGUUCAUUAGGCUCCACCCUAUCACCUGGAAUAAUGCAGCAACAAUCCGCAUGGAGUUCUACGGUUGUGAACUUGAUGGCUGCUCUGUGCCUUUGGGGAUGGAGAGCAGGCUGAUAGAGGACAGACGCAUCACAGCCAGCUCUGAGGAAUCCAGCUGGUUUAGUGGACUCUGGAAAGCCUCUUUCGGUCGCCUCAACAAGCUGGGUUCCAUCAACGCAUGGAGAGCGAAGCACAAUGACAUGAACCAGUGGCUCCAGGUGGAACUGCCUCGCAUGAUGAAGAUCACAGGCAUCAUAACACAGGGAGCCAAGUCUAUGACGAAGGAGAUGUACGUCACCAAGUACGCCCUGCAGUACAGUGACAAUGGGAUACACUGGACUUACUACAUGGACGAUGAUGAUGUAACUGUAAAGAUGUUUGACGGAAACACAAACAACAAUGACCACGUGAGGAACUACAUCUAUCCUCCCAUCUUCACUCGCUUUAUUCGAAUCGUCCCCAAAAGAUGGUGGAACUCCAUCACCAUGAGAGUAGAGCUUCUCGGCUGUGACUUUGAGUGACACGUGCUCGUGAAAACGCGGGAAAACACUAAAUAAAUGUUCAGAGCGUAGAGGCAGACAUGCAGGAUUAUUACCAACCAUGGAAUAUGUUGCAGUUUUGUCCCUUUACAUCUGGAUCCGGCAUUUAAUAUGAAGAGUAUUUGUGGCAGAAAAAUAAGAAAAAAAAGUUUGUUAAAAAAAAUGUGUUAAUCUUCCCAGAUGUAACAAGGUAAAUGUAAUAUACAUGUGUGCAGCACAUCUUUCAGCACUAUGCUAAAGUACUUCCUGUAGAAUAAGUAACCAGAAGAAAAGUAGUUCAACAUGUACAGGUCUGAUCAUCCGGAUGAUCAGAAUGCAAAAACAGAUAAUCCACAAACUAACUUCUUCAAAUAAAAACAAAACGAAAAAGAGAAGCAAAGGUGACAGUACAAAAUCUGAUAGAAAACAUGUGACAACAGAUACAACUUUUUCAAGAUAUUUUUAUAUCUUUGCAUUUUAUUGUACCAAUUUCUAUUCAUUUCUCGUUCGAAAGCUUGACUGGAAGUUGUUAGCAAACUCUCUCCUGACCACUAGAUGUCAGUAUAAUUGUUACGUGUUCUUCCCUCAUAAGCUACAACACAAAUUAGACACCACUUUUUUGCGUGUUUGCUAUAUAUAUAUAUAUA